AUGAUUGGACCCCCUGAUACUAGACGGAGGGAUAUGCGGUGUGAAUAUCACAAGAACUAUGGCCAUGCCACUGAUAGUUGUUAUGCACUUAAGGACCACCUAGAGGAGUUGGUGCAAAAUGGCCAACUAGCACAAUAUGUCCGUAAGAACAAUCAACCGAACAGGGUAGCUCUACGGCCGGAUUCACCUUCACUUGGUGUAAUUCACAUGAUAUACAGUCUGCCGCCGCCAACUCAAGUACAUACGAUCCAGCUACAACCUAGCCCAUCCAAGCCAUUUACACCAGCUAAACGGCCUCAUGAAACUAGCAAAAUCAGCUUUGACGAUGUUGAUCUUGAAGUAGUAACACUUCCCCACGAUGAUGCCCUUGUCGUGGAGUUGCGUGUACACAAAUUCGUCGUCGAACGCUUUCUGAUCGAUUAG